CCCAACCUACUCAUUAUUAUCAACAAAGUUCAGACAAAGUCCAGCAGUGUUCAGCUCGGAGCUGCCCGAACCGCACACACUUAGUUCCGUUCACUCUUCUCGGAACCAUGACUGAAGCGGACCUCUACACUCUGUACAAGGGCGUCUAUGUACCUAAUGGGGUACAUACUCCGGAGAGCCUCAAGUACUACGAGGAGUUUACAUUUCGUCCUGACGAUGUUGUCAUCGUAACGUACCCCAAAUCAGGGACAACUUGGAUGCAGGAAAUUCUUCCCCUGAUCCUAAGUGGAGGGGAUCCAGCCUCCGUUGAGACGCUGCCUAACUGGGACCGCGUUCCCUGGCUGGAGGAGACCCGGGCCUCCAGCCUGAAGCUUGAAGAGCGGCCGUCUCCCCGCUUGUUCACCACGCACUUCCACUACAACAUGAUGCCGCCAUCCUUCUUUCAAGUAAAACCAAAGGUGGUCUACGUCAUGAGGAACCCCAAAGACGUGUUCACGUCUGCCUUUCACUAUUACAACAUCAGCUCAUUCUUGGUGAAACCGGGUUCGCAGAGCGAGUUCCUCCAGAAGUUCCUCACGGGAAAAGUUAUUUUUGGCUCCUGGUUUGACCAUGUGAAAGGCUGGCUGAACGCUAAAGAGGAACUGCAGAUCAUGUACAUCUCCUACGAGGAGAUGAUAAAGCAGGACCUGAACCACUCUGUGAGCAGAAUCGCUCAGUUCCUGGGGAAGUCUUUGGAGCCCGAUGUGCUGAAGAAGAUAGCCGACAAGUGUUUAUUCAAAAACAUGAAGAACAACCCUAUGUCCAACUACUCAGUGGUGCCCCAGGAGUUCAUGGACCAAACAAAGACUCAGUUCCUUCGUAAAGGGGUCGCUGGAGACUGGAGGAACCUGCUUACGCCGGAAGAGGCACAGCACUUUGAUGCAGUGUUCAAAGAAAAAAUGAAAGAUGUGAACUAUAAAUUCAACUGGGAUUAAGCCAGUUUAGUGCAAUUACUUUUACCAUUUCAUAAAAAAAUUACCUGUAUGUCAGACCAGUGACUGAAAAAUUCAAUACUGUAUUUAAAAGAAAUCAGUUCAAACUUUGACAGUUCAAAAUGGAACUGGGAAAAUACCUAAAAAUCAAAAUCUCUACUGGUUUUGCAAAUUUAGAAAACCAGUCAGUUAGCUUGGUUAUUGAAGGCAAAGUGUUGUCUUCAAUAACCAAGCUAACUAUGUCAAGUGACGUAAGCCAAGAAUAAAAAAAUCCCUUAGUGUUUGAUAACUGAUUGAAUCAAAUGGAAACUGUCAACAGAAUAAAUGGUUUAAAACCUGUACCAUGAAGAUAGAUUAGCUUAGGGAAAAUGUAGACAAUUGACGGUACUAUAGCAUAAAUAAACAAUUUUAGCAUUAGCUGUUUUAAAUUGCUUAAAUUAGCUAAAAUGGUGACCCAUCUCUUAGCUUUUCACCGUGACACAGCACUUAGCUCUUCACCUCGACCUAGUGGUUAGCUUUUAACCACUCUAAAAUUUUCUGCAAACUCACUGCUAUAUUUCAUUUUCCUGGCUUAGGCAACAAAACUAUUACUGAGAGUUGCUGCAGACAACCUCUGUUGAAAAAAAAUUGAGCUAUCCCUUUAAGCCGGGAGAGAAGUUAUUUUUUUAAGAGCUAGUUUUGCUGUUAUAGCUCAGGCGGCUCUGCCAUUAGAUGGUGUUUCACUUUGUCCUCAAAAGCUGCAUGCUUUUUACUGACUCACUGAGUUCAGAAAGGGAAGGUUUGAUGUAACAGCAUUCCUCCAAGCACAUUACUGAUGUGUUGCAAGGCAUGUAAGAUUGACCUUUAAUAUAUUUUGAAUAUUUGUUUGGAAUAAUGUUGGCCUUUAGAGAAUGAAGAAUACAUGUUGAGUUGCAGUAGUUCUCUGUGUUAAAGCUUGAGGGACGACUGAAAACCUCAGCCACGGAAAAGAGAAAGGCGUACAUAGCAUGCCUACAUUGCACAUAUGGAGAAGCACCAUAAGUUUUCUACACUCACCUGUAGUAAAGUAGCAAAGAUAAAUUUGAAGUAAGCAACUUGUAUUCAACAAAAAUACCAGGCAUGUUAAUUCCUGAGCAGCUGAAAUCCUAUAAAAACCUGUAGCUACUACUUCUUUUCAUAAGCACUUAUGUAAUGUAAUUAAAAUAAUGUAUCUAAGAACAUUAAUAAUGUUUCACCAAAACAAAUAUUUGUUGAUUUUCAUACAAACUCUUAUAAAAACUAUGUAACUCAUAGUCCUGUAUCCUUUUAUUAUGCUUUUUAGUAUAAUACUGUAGAAAAUUGUUCAAAACAAAUAAAAACUCUUAACUCUUAUACUCUGUGUCUCCA